CACACACUCUGUAUCUCUGCAUGGCUCUCACCCUAUGUGUCUCUCUCUCAGUAUUUUGGUUGAAUUCACUAUCUCUCUUUCUUUCUCUCUCCCUAUCUCUCUCACUGUUGCUUGCCCUCCUCGCCCCUUCCUGCUCUUCCUACCUCUCCCCCCUCCCGUCUCUCUCUCUCUCUCCCUCUCUCUGGGCGUCCGUCCUGUCACCAGCCCAGCCAGUCAGUGGAGCAUCGGCAUGGCAACGAAGCGCCGGGCAAGCGACGGAGCACAGAGGGAGCCGAGCAGCAGCGUGCGACGCCACGACGACUAGACGAGUGUUUGGUCUGCGCGGGACGCAUCGCACUGGCAACAGAUAGCAACCCGCCGCCACCGGCUGCACGCUGCCUGAGACGACACUGACUGGCUCUGUUGGACCCUGCAGCGACGCCGCUACAGCGUCUCCAGGGGGACCUUUAUUGGGGAAAGGAGAUUGCCUCUGGUGGUCCGUCUCGUGCGUGAGUGUGAAUGCUUGUCUUGUGAGUGUUUGUGUUGUGUGUGUGUGUGUGUGUGUGUGAUCUGUGCACCCAGUGCACGUGAGGUGACGUUUCAGCACCAGCAACUGAGAGGAGAGCAGCGCCACACUGUCUGGCGGGGGCUGAAUGACAGAGCGAGACAGAUCGACGAGAGAGAGAGGGAGAGGAAGAGAGAGAAAGAGGGAGGGAGAGACGGGGAGAGAGAGGGGGAGAAGGAAGAGAGGGAGAGAGGAAACGUCAACACUGCUGUCUUUUCAGAAGAGUUACGGAGGAGCGUGAAGACAGAAGGCAGGAGACAACAGAAGAAGAGAGGGAGGGGAAGAUCGGCCAGAGGCCAAGGGGGUCAGAACUGGACAUCUGAACGGUCCGACAAAACCGGGCAUCUGAGCAGGGGACCUUCGCUCAUCAGAGCACCUCCUAUCCGUGCAGUGAUCUUAAACAAACGCUACUUGUGAUCUUCACUUGGGGGGUUCUGUUCCUCCCUUGUCUCAACGCACCAUCCCGUCCCUCCCACACCGGACUCUACCCGGGGGUCCUGUCCCUGGUGGCCACCUUCACUGCUGCGUACGGCCCAGUGCGCUACUCUCUCCUCCACUCUUUUUCCCCCCGUCCCCGUGCCGUGGGGGGGGACCUGACCGCCGGUCAAGACGCCGCGCGCCGUACUCCGAGUGAAGAAUGCCCCGGCGCGGCUGGCCAAGCCGGCCGACCCGGGCCCGCCCCCGGGCGCCGGGCUGUACAUGGAGCGCUCCCAGAGCCGCAUCAGCCUCUCCGCCUCCUUCGAGGCGCUCGCCAUCUACUUCCCCUGCAUGAACUCCUUUGACGAGGACGACGGAGUGGAUACGGAGGGCCGGCGGCUGAAGGGGGGGAUCCAGCGGAGCACGGAGACCGGCCUGGCGGUGGAGAUGCCCAGCCGCACCCUACGCCAGGCCAGCCACGAGUCCAUCGAGGACAGCAUGAACAGCUACGGCUCCGAGGGCAAGUGAGUAGCCAACCACUGUCCCCUCAG